GAGAUCAGAUCAGGCAAUGCUGCUUAACACCAUCACAUGACUGGCCCCGAGGCCCGUAUUUAAUUGAAGUAAGGAGUGGGGCGCAGUCGAGGCCAGAAGCGCAUUGUCCUUCUCAGCCGAUGGAGCCAGAGGAGUUAAAAGUUAAGCCUUGAUUGCUGGGUCUGUGAGAAUUCAUUCAGCAUGAAACGUCUCUACUGUUUCCUGGGGUUUCUGCUUCUGGCUGCAAGACUGCCACUGGAAGCCGCCAAACGAUUUCAUGACGUGCUGAGCAAUGGAAGAACCUCUGGUUCUGGGAGGGAGCGCAACCGAUUAAAUGGUUGGUCUUGGGAUGAAAAUGAGUGGAAUGAACAUCUCUAUCCAGUGUGGAGAAGAGGAGACCCGAGGUGGAACGACUCCUGGAAAGGAGGCCACGUGAAGGCCGUUCUGACCAGCGACUCCCCAGCACUGGUGGGCUCAAACAUCACGUUUGUGGUGACCUUGGUCUUACCCAGGUGCCAAAAGGAAGACGACAGUGGCAACAUAGUCUACGAGAAGAACUGCAGAAAUGGGACAGGUCCACCUUCGGACCCGUACGUUUACUACUGGACAGAGGGGGCAGAGGACGGCGACCAGGGAAACAGCGCCGACCAAAGCUAUCACGUGUUCCCCGACGGAAGGCCGUUCCCCCACCACCACAGAAGGAGGGGGUGUAACCUCGUCUACAUCUUCCACACCCUUGGUCAGUACUACCAGAAACUGGGACGGUGUUCAGCGAGUGUUUCCGUAAACACAGCCAAUAUAACGCUUGGCCCUCAACUCAUGGAAGUAGCUGUCUACAGAAGGAGGGGACGGACGUACGUUCCCAUCGCAAAAGUGAAAGAUACGUACGUGGUGACAGAUCAGAUUCCUGUAUCAGUGACUAUGUCCCAGAAGAAUGACCGGAACGCAUCUGAUGAAACUUUCCUCAGGGACAUCCCCAUCGUAUUCGACGUCUUCGUUCAUGACCCCAGCCACUUCCUGAACCAGUCUGCCAUUAACUACAAGUGGAAUUUUGGGGACAAUACUGGCCUGUUUGUUUCCAUCAAUCACACUUUGAACCACACGUAUGUGCUCAACGGAACCUUUGGCCUUAACCUCACUGUGCAAGCUCUCAUGCCCGGACCCUGUGCUCCACCUACACCCCAGACUCCGAAGCCCACUCAGUCUUCGUCCCCCCCUGACGACCGUCCCCUGCUGUGGGCGGGGACUCCUGGUGAACGCUGCCAGAUCGACAGAGACGGUUACUUCACAACCAGGCUCACAAUUGUCGACGGAAUUCUGGAGGUCAACAUCAUUGAGAUGACAGAAGUGAUGCCCGUGCCGCAGCCUGGUGACCCCUUGAUGGAGUUUGUCGUGGCCUGCCAAGGGACUCCCACUGAGGUCUGCACCACCGUGGCUGACCCCACCUGCCAGGUGGCCCAGAGCACAGUCUGCAGCCCCGCGGAUGUGGGUGACGCGUGCUUGCUGACCGUGAGACGAGCCUUCGCUGGGGCCGGAACUUACUGUCUGAACCUGACUCUGGGUGACGAUGCCAGCCUGGCCCUCGCAAGCACCCUUGUCUCCGUCCCUGGCAGAGACCCAGGGCACUCUGUGAGCAUGGCAGGUGGCGCCCUGGCCUCUGUUGGCUGCUUGGCCGUGAUUGUCGCUGUGAUUGCCUUCCUGGUGUACAAAAAACGCAAGGAAUACAGACCAAUAGAAAACAGUACUGGGAUCAAAGGCAACGGCCUGAAUGUUUUCCUCGAGCAAGCAAAGGUCAAGUUCUUUCCUGGAACCCAGGAAAAAGACCCACUGCUCAAGAACCAGCAGGGAAUUCUUUAAAUCUUCAGCCUCACUUCCGUGCGACAGUGCACUCACUCUUCAGCGCCGUGUGCGUGAGCUGCGCUAGAGUAGCUGACCGUGAACUCUUUUCCCCGAACGAUUACUGUAAAGCAUGCGCUGUGGGUGAGGGAGGUCCAGUUUUUGUACAGGUGAAAGGACAUUUUAGAGGAGUGGAGAGGAAUUACACUGCACACAGCCUCAGCUAUGUUAUAUAAUUGACAAAUCAGCCAGCAGUGCUUUCUUUCAUCAUGAUUUAUGUUUCACUUACAAUGUCUUCAUACAACUAGUAGGAUAGACAUACUCUAUCCAACACACAGGGGGAGAAGGGAUGACUCAUUAGACCCUGAUCCAGGUGCCCAGAGGGAGAGGCCAGCUUUCCAUAUACACACAUGCAUGCACCCGAUGAGCUGCAUGCUCGUCCUUAAAACCCGGUUCCAAGCUAACUGAAUGCUACUGCAAUGAACACACAUAGGCUCCCAAAAGAACAAUGAACAGGCCAAGCCUCCACUAUGAUACGGAUGAUUGUUACGCUAAAAUAAUAACAAUAAUCUGAUUGAUAGGUGUGAAUAUUUUUGGGACAACCUGCCUGCCCACCUGUGUAAACAAAUGACAUGCAUGCAUCCCUUUACCCCGUGGACAUUUAUUUCGAGCUUCUAUCAGGCAUGUUGGCAGGCACACGGCCCAGCACUCAGAGUGCUGAGAGCCUUGUAUAUAUAUCUGGAUUUCUGUAUAUGCUGGUCAUUUAUUUGAAAUGACAUAUUAUGAUUUUCCAAAGAAGGGGGCCCCUGGUUUUCCUAUGAGUUUCUCUAAAUGACAUAUGAACGUGAUUAGUAAGGGUUUUACCUCCAUUUGUAACCAAAGCUAUCUACCAUAUGUCACAUGUGACUUUUUUUUACUCUCCUGCCUGAAAAAUAAAGUAUGAAAACAGAUAAGAUCCUGGAAUGACAA